UUUACAAGAUUCGAUAAUUAUCUAUUUUCCUUUUUGUGAAGGCACCACUCCAAAGAGAAAAUCAUUCUUUGAUUCUUCGAAUCCGAUAAAAAGGGGGCCAAAAAAAAAUCAAAAACCCUAUUAUACUCGAAUUCCACUCACCGACUCACUCCUUCUCCCAGAUUCAUCUCUCCGCCAUGGCAAACAGUAGCGACGGCGAAGUCGCACAGAUUUUUAGCAAAUUCGACAAGAACGGUGACGGCAAGCUAUCUGCGGCGGAGAUCAGCGAAGUGUUGGUUGAACUCGGCUGCUCCACCACGCCGGGUGAGAUCUGUCGCGUGAUGGACGACAUCGACAAGGACAAGGACGGCUACAUUGACCUCCAUGAAUUCACUGAGUUCUUCCGCCGCCGCAUCGGCUGCGAAGAUGAGGAGGCAGAGAUCCGCGAGGCGUUUGAUAUGUACGACCUCGAUGGGAACGGACUGAUAUCGGCAAGUGAGCUUCAGGCGAUGAUGACGAGGCUUGGGGAGAAGCACUCCUUGGAGGAGUGCGCCGCCAUGAUAAAGAGCAUCGAUACCGAUGGCGAUGGCAACGUGAGUUUCGCGGAGUUUAAGAUGAUGAUGACUCGUUCGGGAGCCUAAGGCCUUUUGAAUUUCAACAGAAAAAAGGAAAUCAGUCUUCGAAUGACUGAGUGAUAUGCAAUAUUUUAGUGGUAGUAGAGGAUUUUAGACUUUAGAGUGUCUUUGAUGUGUGUUUCUUGUUUUUA